GGCUUGACCAUUGCUCUUGCAAAAGCUUACAGUAAUUAUAUAGUACAGUAACAGCUGCUUGAGUAAAGGAAAAAGCUUUGCAGCUUAGGACCCGCUUAGAUCUCGUGCAGCUUACUCCCAACCUUGCUCGUUUCCUGACAAUUUGGAGUGUGUUAGGGACCAUUAACUGAUCAUAAGCGACUAAGAGUAGCAGCAUACCAAGCAAUAGUCGUUUGCCGCAGCAGCAUUAUCAACGGCAGUGGGCAUUAAGCACUAGGCGCGCUUGGGCGCGAGGAUCUUGUCGCCAUGGCUUCUGAGGCGGAGAAACGUGAAGCCGCUAUUACAGAUUAUCGCAAGAAGCUCCUAAAGCAUAAGGAGAUCGACACAAAGGUCCGCUCGCUGCGCGAGGCGGUGAAGGAGCUCAAGAAGGAUUAUGACAAGACGGAGGAUGACCUAAAAGCACUACAAAGCGUCGGGCAGAUCAUCGGCGAGGUGCUGCGCCAGCUGGACGAAGAGCGAUUCAUCGUGAAGGCCAGCAGCGGCCCCCGCUACGUGGUGGGUGUGCGCACCAAGGUGGAGAAGGCCAAGCUGGUCAGCGGCACGCGCGUGUCGCUGGACAUGACCACCCUCACCAUCAUGAGGAUACUGCCGCGGGAGGUGGACCCCGUGGUGUUCAACAUGCUGCAGGAGGACCCCGGGCGGGUGGACUACUCCUCCAUCGGGGGGCUCAGCGAGCAGAUCCGCGAGCUGCGCGAGAGCGUGGAGCUGCCGCUGAUGAACCCCGAGCUCUUCCUGCGGGUGGGCAUCAAGCCGCCCAAGGGGGUGCUGCUGUACGGCCCGCCAGGCACGGGCAAGACGCUGCUCGCUCGCGCCAUCGCCUCCAACAUCGAUGCGAACUUCCUCAAGGUUGUGUCCUCCGCCAUUGUGGACAAGUACAUUGGUGAGAGCGCGCGCAUCAUCAGGGAGAUGUUCGGAUACGCGCGGGAGCACCAGCCCUGCGUCAUAUUCAUGGAUGAGGUUGACGCCAUCGGUGGUCGUCGCUUCAGCGAGGGCACCAGUGCGGACCGGGAGAUCCAGCGCACCCUCAUGGAGCUGCUGAGUCAGCUGGACGGCUUCGAUGUGGUGGGCAAGGUCAAGAUGAUCAUGGCCACCAACCGCCCCGACGUGCUGGACCCCGCGCUGCUGCGGCCGGGGCGGCUGGACCGCAAGAUUGAGAUCCCGCUGCCCAAUGAGAACGCACGGAUGGAGAUCCUGAAGAUCCACUCUUCCAAGCUGGCCAAGCACGGCGACAUCGACUACGAGGCGGUCAUCAAGCUGGCGGAGGGCUUCAACGGCGCCGACCUGCGCAACAUCUGCACGGAGGCGGGCAUGUUCGCCAUCCGGGACGAGCGGGACUACGUGGUGCAGGAGGACUUCAUGAAGGCUGUCCGCAAGAUGGCUGACGCCAAGAAGCUGGAGACCACCCUCAACUACGACUCCGCAUUCGGGGACGGAGGACACAAGUAGGGGACACGACAGGCAGCAGCAGCAGCGAUGCAGCAGCCGGUUUGGCAGUGGAGGAGAAGAGGAGUUGGCUUGGGAGGUAGUGUGUGUUGUAAGGGGAGGGGGUUGCAGCGUAGUGCAGGUGCAGGUGCAGGUGCAGGAGAGGAAGAGGAGGGUCUGGGGUGCGCAGAUAUGUAGUUGGCGAGCGCAGGGCAGCCAGUAAAUCCCUUGGGCGGGAGGAAGGGCGGAAAAGCAGGCCGGGUUGGCUCGCCCCAAUAGGGGCGUAGUCUUAGCAUUCGGUAAUAGUUGGUCGGACCGAAACGUUACGCCCUAUUGUACCGUGUCCAGUUCCUAUGUCUGUCGUGCUGUACCUUCCUGUAUGUGCCUGCACUGCAGUCGUGAAGAGCGAAUCUGCUCUAGGAAUCCCGGAGGAAAGGUGGAUGUAACGUCAA